AUGAAAUCGGAUUUUAAGUUCUCAAACCUUCUAGGAACCGUUUACAGACAAGGAAAUAUUAUCUUCUCUAAUGAUGGUACUCAAUUAUUAUCACCAGUGGGAAACAGAGUUUCCGUAUUCGACCUAAUCAAUAACAAGUCAUUUACUUUUGAAUAUGAACAUAGAAAGAAUAUUGCUACAAUUGAUCUAAACAAACAAGGCACGCUUCUAAUCUCAGUGGAUGAAGAUGGCCGUGCUAUCCUAACUAAUUUUAAAGCCAAAACUGUGUUGCACCAUUUCAACUUCAAAGAAAAAUGUUAUCAAGUUAAAUUUAGUCCCGAUGGGAAAUUAUUUGCCCUUGCUACUGGAAGAUUUUUACAGAUUUGGAAAACUCCUGACGCUACUGAAGAUAGACAAUUUGCCCCAUUUGUUCGUUAUAGAGUGCAUGCUGGUCAUUUUCAAGAUAUCCUGUCAUUAACCUGGUCUUUAGACUCAAGGUUUAUUAUUUCGACCUCCAAAGAUUUAACAGCAAGAAUAUGGUCCAUCGAUUCAGAAGAGAAAGACUUAGCUUCGAUGACCUUUGCAGGUCAUAGAGAUUAUGUGAUGGGUGCAUUUUUUAGUGCUGACCAAGAAAAGAUCUACACAGUGAGUAAAGAUGGUGCAUUGUUCGUAUGGGAGUUUACAAAGAAAAGCACAGAUGAUGAAGAUGAUGACGACGAAGAAGAAGAGGAAGACAUUGAUAUUUCGAAAUAUAGUUGGAGAAUCACACAAAAACAUUUCUUCUAUGCUAAUCAAUGUAAAGUUAAAUGUGUUACCUUCCAUGCCCCUUCAAAUAUGCUUGUCGUUGGUUUUACAAAUGGUGAAUUCCGCCUGUAUGAAUUACCACAUUUCACUUUGCUUCAACAACUUUCCAUGGGCCAAAAUCCCAUCAAUACAGUAGCAGUAAAUUCGUCAGGUGAAUGGUUAGCAUUUGGAUCAAGUAAAUUAGGGCAAUUAUUAGUCUAUGAAUGGCAAUCCGAAUCCUAUAUUCUAAAACAGCAAGGACAUUUUGAUGCAACAAAUAGUCUAACAUAUUCUCCAGAUGGAUCUCGAGUUGUGACAGCUGCCGAAGAUGGGAAGAUCAAAGUAUGGGAUGUUGUGUCUGGAUUUUGUUUAGCUACUUUCCAAGAACAUACUUCCUCCGUAACUCAAGUACAAUUUGCCAAAAGGGGACAAGUCUUAUUUUCAUCUUCUCUAGACGGUACUGUCAGAGCAUGGGAUUUGAUUAGGUACCGUAAUUUUAGAACCUUUACCGCUGCGGAAAGAAUUCAAUUUAAUUGUUUAGCAGUUGAUCCAUCUGGUGAAGUUGUAUGUGCUGGCUCUUUGGAUAAUUUCGAUAUACAUGUUUGGUCAGUACAAACGGGUCAGUUAUUAGACACUUUAUCGGGACACGAAGGACCUGUUUCAUGUUUGGCUUUUAGUCAAGAAAAUAGUGUCUUGGCAUCUGCAUCUUGGGACAAGACUGUAAGAGUAUGGUCCAUCUUUGGAAGAUCUCAACAAGUGGAACCAUUCGAUGUGUACUCUGAUGUUUUGGCUUUAACUAUCAGACCUGAUGGUAAGCAAGUUGCCGUAUCUACAUUAAAAGGUCAAAUAUUGAUGAUCGAUAUUGAAUCAGGUCAACAAGUCGGUAAUAUAGAUUGUAGGAAAGAUAUUAUAUCUGGAAGACAUUUAGAAGAUAGGUUUACCUCCAAAAACUCUGAAAGAUCCAAGUACUUCACUUCUAUUCACUUUAGUUUUGAUGGGAUGGCUUUAGUAGCAGGUGGUAACAAUAAUUCUAUUUGUCUUUAUGACGUCCCAAAUGAGGUUUUAUUGAAAAGAUUUACUGUGUCCAGAAACAUGACUUUAAAUGGUACCUUGGAGUUUUUGAAUAGUAGUAGAAUGACGGAAGCUGGGUCGCUGGAUUUGAUUGAUGAUGCAGGUGAAAACUCAGAUUUAGAAGACCGAAUUGAUAACACACUCCCGGGUGCUAAGACAGGUGGUGAUCUUUCUUCCAGGAAAACAAGACCUGAGAUUAGAGUAACUGCAGUUGAAUUUUCCCCAACCGCAAAUGCAUUUGCUGCAGCUUCCACUGAAGGUUUAUUAAUUUAUUCGGUCGAUGAAGCGUUAAUGUUCGAUCCAUUUGAUUUAGAUAUGGAUAUUACACCACAAAAUACAUUGGAAUCUCUUCGAGAAAAGGAAUAUUCGAAUGCAUUUGUUAUGGCUUUCAGAUUAAAUGAAGAUUAUUUGAUAAAUAAAAUAUAUGAAGCGAUCCCGGUGUCAGAAAUACCGCUAUUAUGCAAUAAUCUACCUGUUGUAUAUUUGGCAAGGAUAUUGAAAUUUAUUGGUGAUUUUUCGAUGGAGUCCCAGCAUAUUGAAUUCAAUUUACUUUGGAUAAAAGCAUUGCUAUCGGCACACGGGUCAUAUAUUAAUGGACACAAGCAUUUGUUUUCUGCUGCUAUGAGAUCAGUUCAAAGAUUUAUUGGUAGAGUCGCUAAAGACGUUGUCACCACAAGCACGAAUAAUAAAUAUGCAUACAGAUUCUUAACAUCCACGGACGGCAGAACCGAAUCCGAGGGUGACGAACAGGACACUAUACAUGUCUUAGAUGACGCUAGUUCAGAACCAGAGGAUGAUGAAGUGGCGAUGGAAUCAGAUGACGAAGAAGGUUGGGUGGGAUUUACAGAAAAAAAUACGAAGAUGCCACUUCAACCUGUUGCAGAUGAGGAUGAUUCUGAUGAAGAUUUGAUUUAA